AUGUCUUCAAAGAAUUCCUCCGUGUUUGGGUUGAGGAAUUUGGAUGACUUCAAUCGGUAUGUUAAGCUGACAGAACUUAACGAUUUAAUAUAUGAAAAGUACAGUGGCAAUCUUCUGACACAAGAUAACCUCCUUGAUAUCAUAAAGUCAAAGGACCUUGAGCAGAACUUUUACAUUGACAAUAAUGAUAUUGCCUUGACAACCAAUAACGAUGCCAGAUCCAGAAUUGGUACUAUCACUAAUAGUAGGCGAUGGUAUAACAUUGACUGGAAAGUUGGCCAAAAAGGAAAUGGUGAAGGAAAUAUUGCCAAAAGCUCAGACUUGUAUUUGGGUGACGAAUCUCCUGUUAGCACAUCUUCUGAGGAAGCUCUUCCCAGAACCAAUAGGUACUUGUCAAGAAAACUAAAAGUCCGGAACUUACAAAUGAUUUCUUUUGGCGGUACAUUAGGGGUGGGUUUAUUUUUGAAUAGUGGGAAAGCUAUCACCAUUGCUGGGGGCUUUGGGACGUUAUUGGCCUUUAUUAUUUGUGGAAUUAUAGUUUUGUCAACAAUCAUUUCAUUUUGUGAAAUGGUAACUUUUGUGUCUAUUGUUGAUGGAGUAUCAGGACUCUCAUCGAGAUUCGUGGACGAUGCGUUUGGAUUUGCAGUAGGAUGGCUAUACUUUCUAAGUUUUGCUUUUGGCUUGGCGGGUGAGAUGGUUGCCAGUGUCAUUAUGUUAACAUAUUAUCCCGAGCUAAAGAUAUUGGAGAAUAAGGGGUCUGUCGCUGGUUUCGUCGUAUUUUUCUUAUUAUCUGUUAUCAUUAGUAACUCCAUCAAUGUUCAAAUAUUUGGUGAGGUCGAGUAUAUUUCCAGUUUCAUUAAGUUGAUAUUUGUCUUGGUGAUGAUUGUUAUUAUGAUUGUCAUGAAUAGAGGUGGAUUUGGAGGUGAGGUAUUAGGAUUCAAGUAUUGGGAUCACCUGAGGUCCGAUUUCGAUAAUAACAUCAUAUUUGGAUUAUUCAGACCCUCUUUCAACCUUCAGGAUACGGGAAUGAGCGAUCCAUCCGAAGGUAUUGGUGGAAGCUUGGGAAAUUUCAUGUCUCUUAUGGUUGCUAUAUCGGUGGUUUCAUUUGCCUAUAGUGGAACAGAGAUAGUUUGUAUUGCUGCUUGUGAAGCCAAAGAUCCUAGAAAAGCUUUGCCAAGUGCCACUAAAAGGGUAUUCUGGAGGAUUGUCAUCUUCUACUGUUUAUCUGCAUUUGUCGUUUCAUUAAACUUGUAUGCUGGAGAUCCAAGAUUACUAAGAUAUUUCACAGGUCUGACUGGUGUAGCAUCGGCAGACUUUAACACCAAUUAUGCCAUUCAAUAUGUUGGUGGUACCCAUUGUGAUAGCAAAUCAGCUAUAUAUGCUGGAUAUUCUAGUGGAGCUCAAAGUCCUUGGAUUGUUGCUUUGCAAACCGCUAAUUUAUGUCAGUUUAGUUCGGUAGCUAACGGGUUUUUGGUGUUCUUUGCUGUUAGUUGUGGGAAUGCCCAAUUGUACGUGAGUUCUAGAACCAUGUACUCAUUGUCUUUACAAGGAAAAGCUCCCAAAUUUUUCAGUAUUUGCAACCGGCAUGGGAUUCCGUACUAUUCCGUUGCCUUCGCUGCUUCGUUUGGACUAUUGGCCUUCCUUUGUGUUUCGGAGGAAGCCACAGUGGUAUUUCUGAACUUGUCCAAUAUCAUAGCCAGCUCAGGGAUCAUUGUGUGGUUUGCAAUGUGUCUAUCAUUCAUUAGGUUCUACUAUGGUUUAAAAAAGAGACCUGAUAUCAUUAGCAGAGACGAUCCUUCCUAUCCAUAUAAGUCAUUUUUCCAGCCUUAUUCAGCCUUUAUCGGAUUAAUUGGUUCUGCCAUUAUUAUUUUGACUAUGGGAUACACGGUAUUCUUGAACAAAUACUGGGAUACGAUGUCUUUUUUUGCUAGUUAUGGUACAUUGAUUAUCUUUGCAGUCUGCUACAUUGUCUACAAAUUCAUCUAUGGGACAAGAAUUCGUAGUCUUGAAACAUUGGACUUUGACUCAGGUAGAAGAGAAAUGGAUAGGUUUAUCUGGGAUGGAAAUAAGGAUUAUAACAAAAGAAGUUUGAAGGAAGUGCUUCACAAAUGGGUUUCCUUCUUGGCAUAA